AUGGCUUCGAAGCGCAGCAGCCUGAGCAAGCUGCGGCUCUCGCCGCACUACGCCUCGCUGGCCAGGUUCCACGCAGCAGAGGGCCCGCCGCACGAGCUGAGGGUCGAGGCGAGCACGGACGACGCCGAGGACGUCGUGCAGAUCUGCCGGCAUCUGGACCUCCAGUGCGAGGCGCCCGCCGCGGCCCCUGGCGCAUUGAGGCGCGUCCUGCGGGUCCGCCGGCCCUUCGACGAGGACGAGGGCCCACCCGGCGCCGACGCCGCUGAGGGCGAUCCGCCAGGCGGCGAGCCCGCGGAGGGCGAGCAGCUCCCGCAGCUGCCGCCGGGCCUGGCGAGGGAGCGCAGGGAGGCGGCCGCGCCCAGACCGCAGGGCCCCGCGGCGGAGGCGGAGGGCCUCGUCGCGGCCGCUCCGGCGGAGCUGGCGGCGUUCUACCGCGCGCUCGUGGACUUCUACCCGGGGCACCAGGCGCAGCUGGCGAAGCUGCUGAUCAAGCACCUGGGCGGUCGCGCCGCCGGCUUCUCCCCGGCCUCCUCGGAUAGCGACUCCUCCUCCAGCCUGUCGUCCGACAGCUCCGACAGCUCGUCGAAGAGGAGGAAGAGGAAGAAGAAGGCCAAGAAGAAGGCCAAAAAGAAGGCCAAGAAGAAAGCGAAACGGGAGGCGAAGGCCGAGGCGAAGGAUGAGGCGAAGGAGGAGCCAGACGCGAAGCGGUGCCUCGCCCUGGCGCCACCGCCCCGGCAGCCCGCCGCCCGCUGGCGCCGGGCCGCGCCCGGCGUCGCCGCCGCCGGCCGCCCGCUGGGGCGGCGCGGCGCCGCCGAGGCCGCGCGCUCUCGGCGGGCGGCCGACGGCGGCCAGACGCUCGCCGGCGGCGGCGGCGACGGCACGGCGACGGCCGGCCGACCGACCGCUCGCCAGCGCGGCGCGGAUGCUGCGCGGCGGAACGCCCUGGAGGAUGCCCGCGGCGCCCUUCUGGCGGCCCACGCCGCCAGCGGCCUGGCGGUGGAGGUGUUCCCCGACUUCGACGCGGCUUGCAUCGACUGGGCACCUGCGCAGCGCGGCCCCUCCAUCGCUGAAUCCGACGUGAUCAGGCCGAAGAUUGACCAGGAAAUCGGCCUGGCCAAGCGGAAUCGAGAGGCAAAGAAGCUGGCUCGCAGGUGGAUCAAGUUCCAGAACGUGCACCUCAAGACGCCUGCGACUGGGGAGGACGCAGUCGCCCCACUGCGGAUAUGGCCCGAGGGCCGCUCUGCGGCAGCAAGGAUGUCGGACGACGCCGAGGGCAAGGGCAGGGAGAGCGAGAACGACGGCAAGUGGGCCAAGAGGGCUUGCCUCUUCAAGUUCCGCUACGGCCGCGAGGCCGCCGGCGGCCAGAUAUUUCCGGCUGGGCGCGCCCUGGCGCAUUGGGGCCCCACGGGCGACGCCGAGAGGCAACGCGAGUUGCAGCGGCUGUCGGCCGACCUCGGGCUGCUGGAGGCCACGGUGGCGGAGGUGAAGGCGCGCGCCGACCGCCGCAGAGGCGGCCCGGGCCCGCCCGCGGGCGUCGGUGCGCCAGAGGCCGCCUGGGGGAGGCCGCCCGCCGCCGCGGAGGAGGAGCGUGCGGUGGCCAGCGCGAGCGCGGGGUCUGCCGGGGCUCGGCCUCUGCUCUGGCCGGCGCCCGCGGGCUGCGGCGAGUGCGCGGCGGACGCGGCCCUCACGCCGCCCGCCGAGCCGCCGCUCGCCGAGCCGCCGCCCCCCGCCGGGGCCUCCGCCGCCCGCGCGGCGCGCGCCGCCGAGCCCGAGGCGCGGUGGCCCAGGUGGGCGGACCCCGCCGUGGCGGCGCAGGCGCGGGCGAGCCUGGAGCGGGUGCGGGAGAGGAUCCAGGUGGUGACGGAGGAGUGCAUGCAAGAGCUGGCGCGGGCCCAACUUCUCCUCGGGGACCGCCCCGACGAGGAGGCCGAGUGGCCAGCGCUGGUCAAGGCGGGGCUACCCGGGGCCUCCGCCGUGAAUUCGCUGCUGACCGUGUCCGCGCCGCCGUCGCAGCGGUCCUCCCGGGCCAACUACCAGUCCGCCGUGCUGCGCCGGAGCCCGGGGCGCUUCUAUCGGAGCCCGUGAGCUGGGCCGGGUCCCCCGCCUCCCUCCGGGUCGGACGGCCCGGGCAUCCCCGCCUGACGAGAUUCUCGAUUCGUCCUCGCCCGAGUUUAUCCUCGUCCUGGCCUCGUCUUGCACUCUUCGCCCGCGGGGUUCUCGGCCUCCGCUCGCGCCUUGGCCGGUCGGCCAGCUGCAUCGACGAGGCCGCGGAGCGGGGGCGCGCCCGGCGCUGCGCCGGGCUGGAGAGAAAGAGGGCGCUGCCCGAUCCGCCGCGGGGCGGGGAUUGCACCGUGUCGUGCGGCCGUCGGCCUGACACGGUGCGAUGUCCCACAUGUUCCAG